AUGUUACGCAGUAGAAUCAAUCUCUUUCAUAUGGAGCUGGUCAGCAACAAAUACGAUGUGCUCGUCGAGAUGGGCCGGGUGGGCGGCGGCUUCAAUGCAGGCAUCGCCAUCGUUAGGCGUAGAUCAGACCGACUAAUUUGUGUUCGCAAGCGACUCGUCCUCGGCCAGCUAUCGACGCCGCGCCACUGGAAUCGAGAGGCAGCCCUCAUGCGUAAACUGCGAGGACAUCGGAACAUCUGCGGCAUCAUCGAAGCUGACAUCGGGCCGGAGAAGGGCGAAUUAUACCUCGAGUAUUGCAAAAUGGGCACCCUGCACGAUUUCAUGAAAUACAUGAAAGGCACCAACCUCGCUGUUCCUGAGCCAUUCGUGUGGCACGUGCUGUAUGGCUUAGUCGCAGCAUUGUGCUGGAUGCAUGAUGGCAUUCUCAAUCCAUCCAACAUCCGCCGACCCAGCCAAGGACGCAUGACAGGCUGGAUGCCUGUCAUACACAGGGAUAUUAAACCGGAUAAUUGUUUUCUCCAAACCAACACAUCCCACAGGACCAUAUAUCCAACGGUUAAGUUGGGUGAUUUCGGCCUCGCUAUCAACAAGGAGGACAUCAAUAACUUGAGUUCUACCAGCAGCGCAGUGUGCGCCCCAGGUUGGUUCCCCCCGGAGUACCCUCUAUGUGGUGAACGUAGCGAUGUCUACCGUACUGCGGCGAUAGCCCAGUUGUUGUGCCUGCCUCACUGGGCCCUUGGCAUUGGUGCGCAAAUAUCAUCACCUUACAGUUCAGAACUGGCUACUUACAGCCGGACACCUUGCCUCGCGCAAAUUCCGGUUCCCAGUGGCGCGUUCAGGGUUCGUGAAUUGUAG